AUGCUUAGCCACGAGCCCCGCCUGAAGAAGGACGGGGAGAGGCGCAUUCCGUGGCCGGGCUGCUCGGCAAUUAGAACUAAUCUACUCUGGCCUUUAGGUGUCUUGGGCAAUGUCAUCCGGACCCGCUGGCUGCCCCUGUCACCGCCACCACACCCCACGCCCCAGCACCGCGAGCAACCUGAUGCCGGACUGCGCCCCAGCGCCCGACCGGCUCGCACGGAGGAGGAGCUCCGGACCCUGUCCGCCAGAGGCCUCCCUGUGGACAUUCAACCCAAAGAACUCUACCUGCUCUUCAGGCCGUUCAAGGGGUAUGAAGCGUCCCCGAUCAAGCUCACAUCGAGGCAGCCUGCUGGUUUUGCGUUCUUUGACGACCGGGCAGGAGUAGAAGCCGCCCGGAAGGCACUGAACGGUAUUCGCUUUGAUCCUGCGAACCCGCAGACCCUGAGGCUAGAGGGCGCCAAAGCCAACACCAAGACGGCCAAGAACAAAAUGACGGCUACGCCAAAUCUCACCAACGCUCACCCCUACCUAGGAGCCAGCCUGAUCCCCGCAUACCCAGGGUCCUGGGCCCCCUACCCUCUGAACACCACAGAGCUGACCCCAGCCACCUCACCUGCUGCGCUCACUCACCCCGCUGCCGCCGCGGCCCUACAUGCUCAGAGGAUGCAGGUGCGCUGGUACCCUUCCUCUGACACCACCCAGCAAGGUUGGAAGUCUUGUCAGUUCUGUUAG